ACCUCCUCGUCCCGAUCCAUCCCGGCCGCCGCCGGAGCCCUUCCCAGCGCCGCCCCUCUCCCUGCCGGCUCCUGCGCCCUUACCCCUGCGCCGUCCCCCGCCCCCGACGUUCUUCGACAUCCCGCCUGCGCCCCUAGCGCCGGCAACGUCCCCUCCCUUCGCCGCGCCGACCUCCUCCGGCACCACAGCAGCUCCCCGCCGACUGUGGAAGUGACAGAGAGCAGCUCGUCGCAGACCUCGUACGGUCGCCGCAGAAUCUCGUCGCCUCCUUUCCCGGCGGCCCCCGUGUCACUCCGCACCUGCCCAAGCGGGUUUCUAAUUUACAAAUGAAUACCAUGUCAUCUGACGAUGAGAGUGCCGAAGAAGUUGAGGAUGUAAAAGUUUGUGACAUAUGUGGGGAUGUUGGUGAAGAGGAGAAGCUCGCCGUUUGCAAUAGAUGUAAUGAUGGUGCUGAGCAUAUCUACUGUAUGCGGGUGAUGAUGGAAGAGGUUCCAGAGGGGGAGUGGUUUUGCGAAGACUGCCAAACUGAAGUAGAAUUUGAAAAGAAUAAGAAGACAUCAGAAAAAACUCAAGUGAAGGUUGGCACUUCAAAGGAAGAGUCCAUUGAAGGGAAAAUCAGUGAACCGGCCAAUGCUGGCCAGAGCAGAAGUCCUUCUGAGAAUGAAAUGACCGUUGACAAUGCUGGCAAGAAUGAGCGGAACAAAGCAAAUAAAGACGUUUGUAUGGUUGCUAAGAGGAAGGAAGAAGAAGCAGGAGUUACUUCCGUGGCUAUACAAAAUGUUUCUGAACCUGGUGGUUUAUCGAUAGUGCCUGACUCCAGUAAAAGAAUGCCUCUGUCACGCGCGAGCUCAUCCAGGUUUGAUGGGGGCAAAGGAAAGCAACCCACUCCUCAAAUACCAACCUUACUGGCAUCCAGUGCUGCCAAGAAUCAAGCACCACCACUUAUCGGUCAACUCUCCAAGUCCAGUUCUUUCAACAACUCCAAGGUGCCCAAGGUGAAACAACUAAUGAAUGAAAUUCCUCAGAAACCCAAAACUUUGAAGGAUCUUUUGUCCUGUAAUAUGAAAAAAGAGGGGCCAACGAGCUUCUCUACUAAGUCAGCAUCAUUCAAAAAGCCCAAGCCUCGUGAGCCAGCAAAUAAGGCAGAGUCGUCCAUCUUACCACCUGCAGAGGUGCCAAUAUUGAUGAAUUCACCAGUGAGCCGAAAUGUAAAUAACGAUAGUGGCACUUCUAUAUUAGGAUGCCCCUCCAUUACUGGAUCAGUGGUUCCAGUUCAAUCAAAAACAGAAUCUGCAGCUCAGUGUCUUACUACAGGAAAUAACAUGGCCGACUCUAGUGAUUUAGGCCGUGAACAGGGUGCUAGAAACUCGCAUGAGAACAGUGAACUUAAUAAGUCACUUUUAACAAAUGCACAUGCCAGUAUAACAUCAACGAGUGCUGACAGGAGCUCUGGUAUUCUUAGUUCUGGUGCACGGAGGGAUGUAAGCCGGAACUCAGGUGCUUCCCAUCGAAAUGAUAAAAUAAAGAACCCAUCUGGUUUGAGACCAGGUGCUUCUAGCAGCAGUCGCACAAUUCGUUGUCAACGGUGCAAUGAACUGGGCCAUUCUACACAAUUUUGUGCUGUUGACAAACUUAGUUUGUCUGGAAUAAAACCUUCAAGUGAGUGCAACAUGAAGGAUUCCUCUGUCAAAAGGAAUAAAACAUCUGAAGCUGGAAAUGAUUUGGUAGCUACUGAGAAAGCUACCUCAAGAUUAGCAGAUCAAUCGGAGCACAUCCUGAAAUGUGAUGCUUAUCAUGAUCCAUUAUCUUCCACAGAUAAUAGCAACCUGAAAUUCAGUCAAGCUGUACCGGCCAUGACAGGAAGAUCUGUUCACAGCAGUUCUACUAUGUCAAGUGAUUCGGUGGACAAAUCAAUUCAAGGCUUUUCUCCUGUUGAUACAACAAUAGUUUCAACUGUUCCAGAGUUGGAUUACAUUUGGCAGGGUGACUUUGAGCUGUGGAGGACAGGAAGAUCACCUGAGCUAUGUGAUGGUUUUCAAGCUCACUUAUCAUGUUCUGCUUCACCAAAAGUGCUAGAAGUAGCAAAGAAAUUUCCUUCCAAAGUCCAGCUUGAGGAACUUCCUCGUCAAUGUUCAUGGCCCACACAGUUCCAGGAAAAUGGACCGACAUAUGACAAUAUUGGUGUUUUCUUCUUCGCUAGAGAUACUCAGAGCUAUCAAAAUCAUUACAGUAAGUUGGUUCAAAAUAUGCUUGACAAGGAUUUGGCACUCAGAGGAAAUAUUGAAACAGCUGAAUUGCUUAUAUUCCCUUCCAACAUCCUGACAAAGAACUCCCAAAGAUGGAACAUGUUGUAUUUUCUAUGGGGUGUGUUUAGAGUUAAAAGAAAAGAUCACUGGAACAUUCGAUCUGAUGUACCGAUAAGUACAGGUCGGCAUAAUAUGAAUGAUAAUCCGCUGGCCGUGGAUCUGCACCCCUCUUCUUUGACAUCUAGCUGUUCAUCAUCUGGAGACCAAAAUAAUGGUGCUGAACCAGACUGCAAUUUGGUUAAGCCAGCUACUUGUGCAGACCAUCAAUGUCUCCACCCUUCAGAAGCUAAUUAUCAGGUGUGUUCAAACGGACGUAACUCUUUGUGUCAGCCUGUGGAUGGAAGAGAUUUAACAAAUAACAGGAGUACACUUGAUUGUUCAGGUGCUCCGGCAAGAAAACACCAGAAACUUGCAUAUCAAGAGUCUCAAAACAAAAUUAUAGGGUCUUCUGGUGGUUAUGCUGGUGGAGAAUUUUUUGAUGUGAAUAAAGUGCCUGUAACUUGCUCUAUCCCCUUCGUCCAUGAAGAAGGUAAUGGCAACGCCGAUGUCAACCUUCACAAGGCAGACACCCUGACCUAUGUAGACCAUGAAAAUACUAUUGAAGCGAACUCUGGCCCAGUGGUCCCUGUUAUGCAUGCAUCAGGUAGUGCACAGAAAAGAAAUGUUGAAAUGGCUGACUGGACCAAUGGAGUCAACGAAUCACUCGAGCAUAAGAAAAUUAAAUUGGAUAAUGUAUCAUCCACUGCGGACUCUAGUGUAAGUGAGAAUAUCGGAGAUGGAAGGUUAUCAUCCAAAAUACAUCCUUUGACAACUUCAUCUGUGGAUGAUUGCAUCGACAAUAAGGCAAUGGCAGGAACCUGCAGGAGUAAUGGAAAGUGCAUAUUUCCGCUAGAUCUAAAUGUGGUGGAUGAUCCAGUGCCUGGAAACAUUGGAACUAUUAUGUCUUCGGAUGGUGAGGAUUUGCCCAAACACGAUGCGCGAGAUCUUAAGCUAGAACUGGGGGACAACACAUCUCCUGUAAACCCCAUGUUUCCGUUCCUCUCUCCCAUGGUUGAAGAGAAGCAGAAUAUGGGGGACACAUCGCCUACUGAUGCAUCAGCGGCCCUUUCACUCUCACUUGCGUUCCCAGAAUCGAAGGAACAAGCGUAAAGUGCAAUCAGAGUCGCAGAGACAGUUGCCUGAGAGGAGCAGUACUGUCAAAUCAUCUUCGAUUUGGGAGUGAUAUGAUGAUGGCUGGUUGCACUUGCAAUCCUGAUGUCUGGUGGUAGCAUCUACCAAGUUCACAAGAAGUUGCCGAACACAACUGUCUUGCCAAUUUUCAAACAGGCGGAUCUUUGAAAUUUCAUUUUGAUGCCCCACAUCUAGAGUAUCGAACCGUGAAGAACUUGAGAAUGCAGAACAUGGCUUGUUUUGGUUCAUGGAAAAGUGAGCUGCACUCCUGAACAUAGAACUGGAUCUGAGUGGAGGUUCAGACUCUGCAUUUUAAAUCUCAUGUUAGUUUUUGUCUUAAGCUGGCAGCCGUCCAAACAUUGCAUUCUUACUGUGCUGGGGAGGGGUGGAGGUCGGUGAGGUGAAGGAAGUGAAAUUCUGGGAUUAUGUGAUUAAAUAACAAAAAAAAACUACCACAUCGAUGAUGACACUAUCACAUAACGGAUGCAGAUGCGGAUUUUGGUA